CUUCCUCUCCCUCUUUCCUUCUUUCUCCUCCUCUCAACACUUUGGGGAGACUUGGAACGCUCACUGAAAACCAUGUCCAUGUAUCCCUGGCAUGGUUCAACUGCCACUGCCACCGCCGCCGCCGCCGCUUCAAAUCCGCGCAUUGACUCGGCCGCGGCCACCAUUACACCCACUGCUGCUCCCCCGAGUACCUCUGCCUCGACCCUUCAGAUGCCCCAAAUGCCAUGGCUUCCCUCGAUGAUUUCCGCGCGAGCCAACCCACAGCAUGCAACGCUCCCUAAUUUAUCCACGAAUCUGCGCAUACGACAACAGCCGACGCCGCAGCCCACUGCACUUGAUACACAACAGCAACACCAGCACCACUCGCACCCCCGCUCACUUCCUCGGCACUCUCAACAAAAACAACUACAACAACAGCCUGUUCCCGUGGUCAUUGAUGCACGUCAACACCAACACCAACACCAACACCAACAAAAACAGCGAAAGCAAAAGCAACAGCAACAGCAAGCCGUCUCCAUAUCGAGCGAAGAGAGUGAUUUCGAUACCUCUGAUUGCAGCGUACGACAGAUCACCACCACGGACGCGUUGGGAGACCAGGAUUACGUUUCUUCCGAUGGGAUGGGCGCGAGCGCACAACAGCAACAGCGUCGCCAUGGUCAUCACCCUGUAGGUGGAGACGGACUCAUCCCCAACGGGAAUGCGACAACAACCCGACCUAGCACUACAACGACUACCAUCCUCAUCGACGAUCGCGAUGACCUCGACCUCGAUGCUACCGCCGCAGGCAACGACAGUGCUGACAACUCCCUAAACCUCACGGGCGACCGUGAAGGUCCCCGCAAACACGGGAAGCGCCUGACCACCCUUGAGGAAGUCUCGCUGUUCGAUAUCUGCAACCGCCAUGCUCACGAGUUUGGUCAGCGCAGUAACCUGUGCAAGUGGUGGAUGACGGUCACGGAGGAAUUCACGCGCGACCAGGGUCAUCCGUACUCGUGGCACUCGGUCCGACGCAAGGUGGAACUAGUGACUAAACAACGAAUGAAGUUUCUGGACGAGCAGCGCGAGAGAGGGGGCAGUGAGAGCGAUGAUCGGUCGAAUCUCAGAUGGAGGGCUGCUGUGGAUGCGUGGAUUCCCACGUGGCAGAGGUGGGAGGAGGCUGAGGCGAGGCGGAUCGAGAAGAGGGACUCGAGGAGGCCGAGGAAGAGAAAGGACAGAGAGUGGGAAGUUGGCAGUGGAAGUCCGCUGGUGAAUGUUGGUGGUGCUGCUGCCCAGCUUCCAACACCGUCGCAGCAAGCGCUUUCAACGCCGCCCGCCUCCACGCCCCAACACACCAAAGUCCGUCUACCCCCCGGAUUCGAUAACAUGUUCGCCAGUCAGCCGCAGUCCCAGUACCACACCCCGACUCCAGUCCCAGCGACUAUGCUAGGCGGCGCCGCCUCUUCAGGAGGCGAGGCGGGUAACGCAGAGUCGUCGUCAAUGAUGAGUGCCGUUCUAGAGACAUUGGGCAAACUCAACCGCCACCUCGACGCUGCCAAUUCCACCACCACUCCAACUUCUUCCAAACCCACCAAAACAACCGACAGCCGCUCACGCGCUGCUACCACCACCACGACGCAGCAGCAACCACAACAGCGAUCACAAUCCCAAUCUGACUCCAGCUCUGAUCCCGACGACCCCUCCUCGCCCACCCAAGCCUCGAAGAUGUCCCAAGCCUCCUCCCUUCUGAUCCCUACUCACCUCAUCAUCAAGCUCAAAGCCGAACUCCGCGAGGAGAUGCGCGAGGAGAUGCGGUCCGAGCUGGCCAAGGACCGCGCGAGUCUCGAGGAGAAGCUGGACUCGGUGCAACGGACGCAGGAGAUGAUUUUGGAGAUGUUGAGACAGGAGCCGUCUUGACGUGCUUUCCCUCCAGUUUUUCUUCCCCCAUUUACCUUCAUAUUCAUACCUUAUAUCCUCCUUGUUUGGUCUUCUCCUUUAUCGUGAUAUGUUUGCAUAUGAUACCCACUGGUCUAGAGCAGUGUUGUCUGUUCGGUUUGCUCGGCCAGCUUUUUUGCUACUUCAACAGUUUCCUUGCUUCUGCUCCCUUUCCUCCUAUACACACUCAUAUUACCCUUCAAGAUACCUGAAAUAUAUAUUUAAUUCCACUGGAUGGUUCACGAAAGAAGAUCCACUCCGAAGCCC